UUGCCACGUGAGUGACUUUCCUGUUGUCAAGGAAAGAAGACCACAUCAACAUUUUUAAAUUUUACUUUUUGAUGUGACAAAAGUUUCUUUUGUGUUUUUUUUUUUUUUGGCUGGGACUCUUCUUCUCUUCCUUCUGAAUUUUAAACUCUUUUUCUUUUUGUCCUUUGUCUCCAACUUUGAGUUUAACUUUUUGAUAAUAGUUUGUUCAUCUUUGAGGUGCCACGUGCUAUAUGAAAAAAUGCACUUUCUUUUGAGGCCACUACUUCCCGCAUGGAUUUGUCCUUGCAGGGAUAAAACCAGUCUUCGACUAAAGUCACGAAAACUUUUUUGCUUGCUGGAGAUCUGUUUUUCUUCCAAUUCCUAAUUUAAACAGGAUUUCGAAUGAAACUUGGUCAGCGACAACCAGCGCCCAUUCUUCUUUGGUUGUGCUUUCUUCGGAUUUCUGUCGCAAGGAAGAACACCAAGGGCUUUUGAGGAUAACCAUGAUCAAUAGGUAAUUUCUGCAAGCAAUUUUCUUUUCUGUCGAAUCUCGAACCACGGAUGCACUUUGUCCUACUUCAGUAACCAAUGGUCUUCUUCUCUGCGGAACAGAGGCACAGUCUUUUAGUUUAUGACAAUAAAUAUGACGAGUCAUAUUUAAAAUUACUUUCUUGAUCUCUGCAUUCUUUCGACAGCAGCAUAGCUUUUGUGCAGAGACUUGGACUUUUGCAUGUCACAUGCAGACUUAGCCGGAGAUUUGUGCCUUUGCAGAGGAUAAGAAGGAAUUUUUAUUCCUCUUCGUUUCUCCAGUGCUCUGAGAAGAUAUUGUGCGUUUCUUUUAUGCACCGUUUUUCUCCGUCAAUGACUCAAGCGAUCUUCUUUUCCGCUGGAGACUUGGGCCAAAACCUGCAUUAUUUUUUAUAUGCACUUUAUGCGUGAGCGCAGCUUUCUUUUUUUUUUUUUUAACGCCGACCUUAACUUCAGUUUCUUCUGGACUCCGAGACGACGACGAUGGGGAUGCUUCCUUUAGUCUUCCGUUGUAGGUUUAUCACUUGCUUCAUCUUUUUUCUUGUUCACCAUCUUCGGAAUUUCUUAAAUAGGCAAGGACCUUUUUUUUGUUCUCCCAUGCCGAACUGCUACAAUCACCGGUAGAGACCUUGAUGAUCUGAUUUUGGAGAGCGUUAGUUGAGGGGCUGCUGCAUAUGUGAGCACGGACAACGGGGACCAGUUGCUUCCUUUGUUUUCAUCCGCUGUAGGUUCAGAUUUGUUGCUGCUGCAAAUGGUGGUGAUCGGCGGCUGCAGUUGCAGUGAUCAUUUAGACUUGGUUGGAACUUCACGGGGUGGUUUACACCACCCCGAAGAAAUUCAUGGGAUUGACGGCAGCGGCGGGGAGCGGAGCUCUUGGAUUUGAUUGGAACUUCACGGGGUGGUUUAGACCACCCCGAAGAAGUUCAUGGGAUUGACUGCAGCGGCGGGGAGCGGAGCUCUUGCAUUUGAUUGGAAUUUCACGGGGUGGUUUAGACCACCCCGAAGAAAUUCAUGGGAUUGACUGCAGAGGUGGGGAGCGAAGAGCAUUGAAGAAGCAAAUUGCUUCUUUUUCUUUUUCCUGCAAAGCCGAGAGAAACCAAACAAAGAAAGAUCUAGAAGGAUGGAUUUGUACCUUUGAAUGCUUCGUUGCUUUCCUUUGCCGUGUAUCCUCCUCUCUGUUUGCCUUUGUCUCCUUGAAUUUCCGCAGCACUUUAUUUCUUUGAUCUCUCUUUAACUUUCUGAAGAUUUCUGCCGUCUGUUCUUCCCUGUUGUCUCUCAAUUUCUGCAGCGUUUUUUUAUGUCUCUCCCCCCGUAUGCUUUUGCCGUCCCCUCCUUUUAUAGAGAGUAGACGUGGAGCAAUUGCUUGCCAUUUUCACGAAGUGGAGCGGUUUGGAAGAGCCACUACGUUGCUGUAAUUGAAGACGUGGGACAAUGGGCCUGUAGCAAACCACUUCUUGAAGUUUCAGAACGUGAUUACGGUGAUUUUAUCCCAUUUUUAUUUUUAUUUAUUUUUAUAUAUUUAGUGAUAAAACGACAACUUCCAUAUUGUUUUCACCCCUUAAAAAUAGGCACUUACAAUCCCCACACUUCUCCACGUCUACUCCACUUCUCUUAUAUUUUUGUUUAUUAUUUUUUUUAGUGAAAAUAUACGGUUCAACAACUAGACUUUAGUAGUAUUCGUAUUCCAAUCUACCUUACUCAAACUUUGGAAAAUCGUGAUCCCACAUUUACUAACAUUAAGUAAUGAUGUUUCUAACAUUAAAUGAUGAGUUGGAUAAAUACUAAAGUUAGUUUUCACUAAUCAUCAUCUUUGGAGCUCUAAUCACCCAAAUCGACCCCUUUUAGCCAAAUUAAACCGUAGAUUUGCUUAGCUAAAAUAGGUUGAUUUGGAGACUGAAAACUCCAUAAAUGACUUGAGUUAAAACAUACGUUCAUAUUUGUUCAUGACAUCACUUAACACUAGUGAAUCUAAUAGAUGUUCAUUUUUCAGAACUUUAUGUAAUUAUUUAGAAUGUUUUAAAAAGUGGACCAAUUUGAUAUUACUCAUAAUGAUUGCGUAGUUAACCGAACUUAAUCCUAUAUUAAUUUAGUGAAGUUUAAUUAGUAAAAUCUGAAUAAGGCAAUGCGAAUUUAAUUCCACCCUUUUUUAUGUGAUUGGAGAAAAUUUUCAACCUAUAUUAUGACAUGUACGCACUUGGAAAAAUAUCUCCAUGAGAUUGUGACUUUUCUCACCAUCUAAAACGUGCUAUAUAUCAUAUACUAACCAGAAAAAGAGUCAUCCAAUUGGUUUGGUCAAUGUUCUUUAUUCUUUUGCCUUGGGGAAGGGUGAAUAGGCGAGGGAGAUUUUAGAAAUGUCCACUUUGGAAAAUAUCUCCAUGAGAUUGUAAAUUUUCUCACCAUAAAAAACGUGCUGUAUAUCAUAUACUAACCAGAAAAAGAGUUGUCCAAUUGAUUUGGUCAAUGUUCUUUAUUCUUUGGCUUGGGGAAGGGUGAAUCGGCGAGGGAGAUUUUAGAAAUGUCCACGAACGUGAAUUAUCCGUCACUGAUGACUCUAACAAUUUCAGAAAGAUGUAUUUGGUCGUACUCUUACAUUUCUUGCAUGUUACCCAACCAUAUAGUAUAUAUAUGUACGUAAACCCCCAACAAAAUGCACAACAAACCCUCAACGCAAUAAAACAGAACAGACUCUUUGCGAUUUCAAUAUUUUCAAUCACUCGAUCUCUUUUGAAAUUAGCUAUCAAACACAGAUAUACAAUAUCUUGCAAAAUGUCUCAAGAAAUAUCAGUUGCAGAAGAGGAAGUAGUGAAAGCCUAUGGAUGGGCCGCUAGAGAUUCCUCGGGGGUUCUCUCUCCGUUCCACUUCACUAGGAGAGCCACUGGUAAUAAUGAUAUCCGCAUCAAGAUACUCUAUUGUGGCAUUUGCCACUCCGACCUUCACCUUGCUAAGGACGAAGUUGGAAUGACAAUCUAUCCCAUCGUCCCAGGUCAUGAGAUUGUAGGCGAAGUGACAAAGGUUGGGUGCAAUGUCACAAAAUUCAAAGUAGGAGACAUUGCUGGAGUUGGGUGCAUGGUGGGUUCAUGUCGCUCAUGCAAUAACUGCACGCAGGACUUAGAAAAUUACUGCCCCAAAAUGGUGUGGACAUACAACAAACACCACGAAGACGGAUCAAGAACAUUUGGUGGAUACUCAGACAAACUAGUAGUCGAUGAACACUUUGCUGUCCAAAUCCCAGAUAACUUGUUGUUACAAGGUACUGCACCUAUGCUGUGUGCUGGGAUCACAGUGUACAGUCCAAUGAGAUACUUUGGACUUAUGGAGCCUGGUAAGCACUUGGGUGUUGUUGGACUUGGUGGCCUUGGCCAUAUGGCAGUGAAGUUUGCAAAAGCUGUAGGAGCAAAAGUGACUGUAAUCAGUACUUCCCCGAAUAAGAAGAAGGAAGCAGUGGAGCAACUUGGUGUUGAUGAAUUUCUGAUUAGUCAUGACCAGGAGCAAUUGCAGGUUGCCAUGGGUACAAUGGACGGUAUCAUCGAUACAGUUUCGGCCCCUCACCCUCUCUUGCCAUUGACUGAGUUGUUGAAGACCAAUGGAAAACUAAUUCUGGUGGGUGCUCCAAUCCAACCUCCCGAACUACCAGUUUUCCCGUUAAUCUUGGGGAGGAAGCUUAUUGCUGGUAGUGCGAUUGGGGGAAUGAAGGAGACACAAGAGAUGAUAGAUUUUGCAGCAAAGCAUAAUAUCACAGCGGACGUCGAAGUUAUUCCGAUGGAUUACGUCCACACCGCCUUUGAAAGAAUUGCCAAGGCUGAUGUUAAGUACCGCUUUGUCAUUGAUGUGGCAAACACCUUGAAUUCGCCGUAUUGAACAAUGCAUGGACAGAAAAUUGGAGUUGCUUGAACCCUCGUAGCCAUCCAUCAUGUGAUGAGGGAAUUGGAAGAGAGUUGCUAGAAUCGUUCAUGCGCAUUGCGGCAGUUGUUUUAAUUUAGUCAUGUUAUAGUUGAUAGAUGAAGAAUGUGUUCAAGGUGUGUGAGUUCUAUUGGAAAUAAAAACAGAAUGAUUUCUUAGAAGCAAAAUAAUUAUCUCUGAAAAUAAUUUCAACGUUUUACUCA